AUGCGUUUCUUCACUCAGGCUAUGGGGCUUGUGAGCGUGGCGCUGUCGCUCAUCAGCGCCUCGCCACUUCAAAAGCGUGACUUUGGCCCGGUGACGAUUUACACGCCACCGAGCAACUACACUAGCGACCGCUCGCUCUACGCUCGGUCUCUCAUGCUCACCGUCAACGAUAACACUGGCACGCUUUUGUCUACCUGGGAGAACUACUCGGGCGGCAAGACGUGGUUCCCGAUCUACCGUUCGACGGAUCACGGCUACACGUGGUCACCCUUUUCGACAGUGACGGAUCAGGUCAACGGCUGGGGACUUCGCUACCAGCCAUUCCUGUAUGAGCUCAAGCAGAGCUUUGCCGGCUAUCCCGCGGGCUCGAUCCUCCUUGCAGGCAACUCGAUCCCCGAAGACCUCUCCAAGACGCAGCUGGACCUGUACAUCAGCACGGACAAGGGCAAGACGUGGAAGUUCCUCUCGCACAUUGCGGCCGGUGGCAAAGCGGUACCCAACAACGGCGAGACGCCUGUCUGGGAGCCCUUCCUGUUGGUCAACAAUGGGCAGCUAAUCUGCUACUACUCGGACCAGCGCGAUAGCGCAUAUGGGCAGAAGAUCGUGCAUCAGACGACGACGGAUUUGAAGAACUGGGGUGCGGUGGUCAACGAUGUUACCGAAUCUGCUUAUUCUGCUCGUCCCGGCAUGCCUGUUGUGGCACAGAUGGGCAAUGGGAACUACAUUAUGACGUUCGAAUACGGUGGAGCUCCCGAGGGCGAUUUCUCGGUGUACUACAAGAUUUCGAACGACCCGGCGAGCUGGGGCAACAAGGCGCAGCAGGUGCUCAAGGCGAACGAUGGAACUGUACCGCGCUCGAGCCCGUACGUCAUGUGGACGCCCAUUGGAUCGAGCGCCGGUACGACCGCAAAUGGCACCGUCGUCGUCAGCGCCUACUCGGACACAGGGCUGUACGUCAACCGCGCCAACGGCGCUGCCAAUGCCUGGACCCGACUCGCCGUAUCCAACGCCCCCGCGGCUUACUCGCGCGAGGUCACAAAGGGCUUCAACCCCAAGGACAUUGUCAUUCUCGGCGGCGGCUCGCUCGGCCAGGGCUCGACCAACCACGUCACCUUCAGCGCCAGAGACGUCAACGGCUGCAGCACCUGCUGA